GUCAACAAUCACUGUUUCCUGGUUGAAUGAGUAACAACAUUCCAUCCUUUACCUAACUAUAUAUACCUAUCUUUAUAUUCGCAGGAUAACCUGUUUCCUUGUGUAGCACUUACUUCUUAACAAAAUCUACCAAUAUUCAAAUACACUUUGAUUACCGUGUUGCAAGAUGCCUCCAACAAUCAUCUUGAUUAGGCAUGCACAAGCACUCCAUAAUGUGUCUAAUAACUAUGAGCUACAUGACCCGGCGUUGACCGGUCUUGGCUUCGGGACACAGUGUGAUGAAUUGGCUAGCCAUCUUGAGAAUGAAGUUCCAUUGGCUCGGGAAAUUGAUCUCAUUGUGGUGAGCCCCAUGAGACGGACUUUGCAAACAGCGCAGCAAGUUCUGGGCUGGUUGAUGAAGGGCGGUGUUCCCGUUAUACUUCGACCUGAAUGGCAGGAGAGCUCAAACAAGCCAUGUGAUACAGGAACUCCCAUCGAAAUUAUGGAGAAGGAAUGGCCACAAUUUGACUGGUCAGCUGUUGAUCCACUGUUUCCAGCAAAGUCUGGUCUGUAUGAGUAUUCGAAGGAUGCUCUGACAAGACGAGGAGUUGCCGCCAGGAAAUGGUUACAGCAACGCCCAGAGAAGGUUAUUGCUGUGGUUUCUCAUGCGGCGUUUCUCCGGACUUGCGUCAGCUUCAGGCAAUAUGCGAAUGCGGACUACCGAAUUUUUGACUUUGCUGAUGACGAUAGACAAGAAAGCGCCGAGCUUGUGGAACGGGAAGUCACCGAAUCCAACGGCGGAGGGUUAGGGAAGAGUGCAAAGGGAGUUUUUGGAAUGACCAUUAAUGAUUAUCCUAGUGAGAUUGAAAAGGGCAUUGGAGAAGCAACAACUGAGGUUCCAAAGUAGCUCGGGUGUGUAGGCUUAAGUUGAAGGAAGUUAUGCAUUGCUAAGAUGGUGUUGAAGAUCAAUCAUCCUCUGAAAUACCUGAUUCAUGCACACUUUAAAAGUAUGACUCUCUUCCAUGAUCUUAUACCCAAACAAAUUUCUUGUCCGAAAUAGGUCAUUCAAGCUACCAGCGCCCAAUUCUCCAACCGCAUCUAAACAAGGAAGUAUACCUAGCAUUCCUGGGAUGUCUAAAUCAUCUUUUGAGACCUUUCUUGUGUUCUGUUAUCAGCGCAGAUCAGAAGCCGUGACUCCUUCUUGUGACCUCCCUUUGCUUCUUUGUAUUCUCUUUCUGAUUUCUCUCCUCCCAGUAUAGAAAAUCAUUCUACUUA